GGCGGUCUCUCCAGAAUCACUCAGGGUCAGCCUCUCGAAGUAUCUUACGGCAGUCAGGUGACUUUAAGAAGCUCCGCCUCCCAACCAAUCCCCUGCUGGCUCCACUCGCACAAAGCAAACUACCCAAUCAGGUAUGAAAAUGGGCGGGGCAGCUCUCACCAGCAGCAGGUCACCUGUUAUCCUUUCAAAGACGUCAACAACUGGUGGAUCGUCAAAGACCCCGGCAGACAGGAGCUCGUGGUCAGCAGUCCUCCUCGACCUGUCCGUCACGGUGACGUCAUCCAGCUGGUCCAUGGAAUGACCUCACGCUUCCUCAACAGUCAUGAUGUAGCAGCUCCCAUGAGUCCUCACUCUCAGGAAGUGUCAGGUUACAUCGACUUCAACGUUUCCAUGGCAGCACAGAACCUGUGGAGAGUGGACAUCUCUGACAGGGAGGCGGAGUCAGAAUCCUGGAAGACGAUCCAGUCUGAGGUUCGAUUGGUUCACGUCAACACCUCAGCUGUCCUCAAGAUGAGCGGUGUGUCUCUUCCAGACUGGGGUUUCCGUCAGUUGGAAGUCGUCGCAGAGAAACUGUUUAAAGCUCACAGCAGCAGUUUGGGAUGGACCGUCGAGGAGCACCGAUAUGGAACCAGUCAGGAGCAGAAGGAGAGGGAGGCGGAGCUUCAUUCUCCGACUCAUAUUGACGUGGACAGAAAAAUGUCAUUCUGGGCCAAAUUUCUGGAGCUUCAGUGGAAGAUGCUGAUGGUGAAACAGGAAGACUCUGAGCACAAAUACAGCUCCUCCCCUAUGGAGUGGAUCACCAUGGAAACCAACAUCGCAUACUGGCUGCACCCCUCUACCAAC